CCAUUCAUUUAAAAUUUGUACGUUGUAUAACCAACAUUCAUCGUUCUAAAAAUAAUCUAAACAAGGCUGCUAAUCUGACGAACGACCCAGAUCAUUCACACGUGCAAAACAUUGCCACUUGCAACGAGAAAUUCUGGACAAACCCAAGUGUCCGAGCAGGUUUUUUAAAAAACCCAUGAAGCAUUCAUUCACUACUCUCACACUCAUUCAUCCCAUCCAGCCCUUUUUACGUCCCAUCUCUCAACUCUCUUCCACUUUCUAUACCCCAAAACCCUCUCUAUCUCACAAACCCAAAACCCAAAAAGACGAAAAAUACCCCUCCCUCGUUCCCCUUCUCCGAUGAAAGAACCCUAGCCCUAAAAGAAAGAAAAAGAAAAACAAGGAAGAAAAACAUAGAAAUGGAUUCAACCCCACCGGCGUCGGACCCAACUCAGUCAACCGUUGAGUCAUCAAUCGGGUCAGGGUCAGCAUCAGCAUCAGCGUCAGCAUCAGCAGCGGCGGCGGCAGCGGCGGCACCACCGAGUCGGUACGAGUCGCAGAAGCGGAGAGACUGGAACACGUUCCUGCAGUACCUGAAGAACCACAAGCCGCCGCUCACGUUAGCGAGGUGCAGUGGGGCGCACGUUAUCGAGUUCCUGAAGUAUCUGGACCAGUUCGGUAAAACGAAGGUACACGUAAGUGGGUGUGCCUUCUUCGGGCACCCGAACCCGCCAGCGCCGUGCGCGUGUCCGUUGAAGCAGGCGUGGGGGAGCCUGGACGCACUGAUCGGACGGCUGAGGGCGGCCUAUGAGGAGAACGGGGGGAGACCCGAGUCGAACCCGUUUGGGGCACGAGCGGUGAGGAUUUAUCUGAGGGAGGUGAGGGAAGGGCAGGCGAAGGCGAGGGGGAUACCGUACGAGAAGAAGAAGCGGAAGAGGACAGCUGGGGCGGGGGAUGGAGGGGAGGGAAGUGGUGGUGGUGGUGGUGGGCCAUCAUCAGGAGGGGAUGGGGGUGGAGGGGAUGUGGAUGGAGGUGUAUCGACGGCUGAGAUUGCAUCGGGUAGUUAGUGGGGUAUCUUUCUCACUUAUUUUUAUUUUUGAGUAAUAUGUAUAUGGCGAUUAUCUAUAUGAUUUUUAUUUUGAGGCGGA